UUGACCGGCUUCUCGGAGGCUCAGACACAAUGAACCGUCAGACUGUGAGAGGCACGCAUGUUGGGCCAGAGGCUUUGGCACGGUUUUAGCACAUUAUUAUCCGCAAUUGUGCCGUUUCUCUGAUUUACGGAGCCAUUUCCAAACUACUGAUACACUGUAUGGCGGUAACAAGGCUCAGUUGGAAACGGUUGGUUCGUCGAGUUUGAUGAAAACGAGGUCGGGACCAGACUGCCGUUAGCUCCUCCUGGCGGAUUCUUUUCGUUGUUUUUCUUUUUUCUAAAGCCGACAGAACAAGGCAGAUAACAAUGUCGUUGACUGCUUCUUCUGAUUAUUUCGCUGCCGAGUGUCUGGUGUCGAUAUCCAGCGGUGCUGUCCUGCACAGACCCACCCCGGUCGCCCCCGCCAGCCAGCCGGCCACGGUGGGCCUGCUCCCCGGGGAGCCCGACGGGUCGAGUGAGGACAGGGAAGUGCGGGAGACGCUGAGGCUGGAGGGGGCGAACAUGAUGGCGGUGGCCGGUAUCCUCACCGACCUGCACGGGAAGUUCCGCCCCAUGUCGGCCUACUCGGAGAGCAGCAACUCCUCGUGUGGUGGAGAGAGCGGCUACACCACGUUGUCCGACCCGACCACCCCUACCAUGACCCCCUCCGCCACCCCGGUGCCCGGACAGCAGCUGAGAAGGAGGGAGGAGGAGGAGGAGGGGAGCGUGGGGGCCCCGCGCUCCCCGGUGAAGCGACACCAGUGCACUUUUGACGGAUGCGACAGAGUUUACGGGAAAUCGUCCCACCUGAAGGCACACAUCCGGACACACACAGGUGAGAGGCCCUUCCCAUGCACCUGGCCCGACUGUGAGAAGAAGUUCGCCCGCUCGGAUGAGCUCGCCCGCCACACACGCACCCACACGGGGGAAAAGCGCUUCCUGUGCCCGCUCUGCGAUAAGCGCUUCAUGCGCAGCGACCACCUGAUCAAGCACGCCCGCCGUCAUCCGGACUUCCAGCCUUCCAUGUUGGGACGCAACAAGGGCACACCCUCCUCCUUCAGCCCAGCCAUGCACCAUUAGGAUGGUUUGGGCUGGCGUGGCAGGAGCACAGAAGGGUCAUGGUGGUUUCAAGUUAACCAGCAACAAUCAGAUCCACUGAUUAGGAUAUAGCAUACUCAAGUGUGCACAUAACACGCACGUACACAUGCCAACACACACACACACACACACAGCUGGAUGUGGGUGGGAAGUAGCCUCAUCUCUCCAUCCACACAGAUGAGUCAUGUGACCACUAUCCACCUGCUCAACAUAACUAGGGUUGGGUAUAGAGAACUUUCCAAAUCUGUAAGAACUGGGGGUUCGUUAAGAAAUGUGCUUUUCGAUUCCACGUUACGUUUCCUGAAAGCAAAGUUUGGACCUACCACACUUCAUUUCCUUUGCCGGUUACACGUGUCGCAAAGCACGUGUAUAAUGUUUACAAUAUGACGGACCAGAGCUGGCAUUCAAACGUGUGGCUACGCUUUGCUAAAGACCGUAAUGAUGCAGUGGAAUGUAAUCACUGCAAAAAAAUAAAUACAUGCAAGGGAAGAAAGUCUGUCUAAUAUGACAACACAUUUACUACAGAAUGGUAUAAGAAUGCAGCAUUUUUGGUGUCCUGUAUCAUGACAUAGUGACCGUAAACGGUGAAAACUUUUUAUAGAUCAAAUAACCAGAUGGGGAUGUCUGUUUUUGGUGAAUCCACUGAAUUAAAUACAGGAAAAAUCAAGGUACUUCAUCACAUUGAUGCAAAAAGUCAAAUAUGCCAUAAGGCUGUCCUGCUUGUUGAUUUGCAACAUUGCCUAAUACGACACUAUUAUUGGGCUUUAAUGCCGCAGAAAGUAAAAACUAAUGUAAAACCUUUAAACUUUCACAGGACACAACAGAGAAUAAUUAUAUUUGUCUUUUUUUUUUUAAACCAACAACACAGAAAUCACUAAACAGGCCGUCAUUUAGUACAUGUUUAUGGCAGCCUGAACUUCAUGGAAAUAAAUGUGUUUUUGCUUUCUUCACACAUUGGUUUCUUUCCUCACUCAGGAUUCGAUUAGAACGGGAAUCAUUAAGCAGAUUUGAACUUUAAAAAAAAAUCAACCCAACCCUAAAAAUAACCUCAUUAUCUCAAACUGAAACACUUUCACAAAAUGCAGGGAUUUUUUCACAUUUUCUGUAAAAUUCUGCACAUUCAUCAUCAGCCAAAACUCCUCUGUUUUCUUGUGGUUAAUUUGUAGAUUGUUGUUGUACCAUUUAUUUACCAUGAGUAGCACAAUAUUGUGAUGUUAGGUAGCGAGGCAGUGACUAGAAGUCUUUUAGGGGUUUUUUUGGGUUUUUUUUUUUAGCUUUGCUGAUUCCAUAUAAAAGUUUUAAUGGUGACACAUUCCUUUAUUUUUAUUGCAUUAGUAACCACCAUUGAGGUGAUUGUCAAUAUUUUUUCUUUUAUAUUCAGUUUAAUUAUAGAUUAAAUAUUAAUUUUUUGCCAGAAAAUGGAUCAAACUUCACUGUAGAAGAGCAGUUUGCAUGCCAUCCUAAAGUCUAGAUCAGUUAUCAUCCAUGAAUUGCUGACACAUAAUACACAGUAGUAUUAUGUCUAAUACUGAUGCAAAUGUAUAUAAGCUUUAAGCUUUUAAUGUAGAAAACUGGUAAUGCUACUAGCAGCAGAAUUAAUACAUGUGAUGAAUUGUAGUCCUUAUAUUAGGGGUGACAGUAUACGCCUGAUAGGAUGGCAUUCCCAGAGAGUGUCGUGUGUAUGUGUUUUUAUUUACAUUUUUGUUAGAGACAGAACUGGGAAAAGUGUGUAUGCAAUGGUAUCAAAAUAUUUUUUGGGGGGAAAAAAGACAACAUGAGUUGAACUUGACUUUCAGUCUGCUUCAAAGUAAAAGCAUUCACCACACUCAUUGGGGUGUGCCAGACAGCAGAAUGCGUUUCAGGAUCAGGUGUGCCAGGUGUUUCUUUACACGGUUUGAGUUUCAGCAGCAGAUAAAGAGUCUCACAUGUAGCGUUGAGACAAAUUUCUAUUUUAACUAUUUGUAUGUCAAUCAAAAUUGGCAUAAAAACUAUUAAAAGUAAAUUAAACAGAACCAUUUUCCUGGAUGGGUGUCAGUCUGCCAUCCCGUAAAGCUAAUCCCUUUAAUGAGGCUGACAUUUUCACUUGUCAAAGCAGCAAACGAACAAGUGCAACAAAUAAAAUGAAUGAUGGCUCUAUUCUAUGUAGGUGUGGCAUUGGACCAGCAUGCACAAUACCAGGAGGCAGGCACUUAUUAACAGGAUGCAACCAUUAAUAAUGUUGUCAGUUGCAUUGUGUUUGACAAGUCGAAAUGUCCACUGUGAUAAAUGAAAAAAAGAAAGUAUUUGUUAAGAACCUGCUCAGUACAUUUGAGAAAAACUGGCUCCUAAACAUUCUUCUAUGCCAAAAAGUUCAAUAAUCCUUGUGUAUUAAAGGAAUAAUCACUCAAAACCGAACUAACCUUUAACUGAAUCAAACAAACCUCAAGUAAUUUAGGUUUAAAAUCUAUUUGAGUACGUACAGUGUCCAGGUCUGAUUAUAGAGAGUUUGAAUCUGUUUUUUUUUUUUUCUUCUAUGUUUCCACACUGUUUGUCCAGCUCAUGGACGUAUUCCUUUAUCUCAGAGAACAACAUUUCUUCAGGAAGAUCUGAAAGCCUUAAACUAUGUCAUAACUACUUUGCACCAUGUUUACAGUUUGAUCAUUGUAUAGGUAUAUAUGCCCUCUUAAGGGGUCAUUACAGAUACUCAUUAUGCAAUAUGGCACUUUUUUCUUGCAGGUGUAUUUUGCUGAAUAGUGUAAUAGCUUGCACUGUUACUAGGCUUCUACAAGCAAGCACUGUGGAACUUUGCUAGUGUGUUGAUAGCCAAUGGUUUGUAAAACUGCCUUUUUGUCCAAGUGCUUUAGAACGCGUGAUAAAAGAACUGGGUAGCUGUUCUUAUUUGGGUUUUCUUUUUCUGUGUGUGUUUGCUUAGUCAUUCAGGCCAUCUCUUGUUGUGGAAUUUGUGUUUUGUUUUUUCUUUACGGAAAACACGCUUUCGUUUGUGUUUCCGGAUCUGUUGACUUUGUCUCCUCCACACUAAAAUCAAAGCGAAAGACGCAGAUGUCUUCCUCAUUCAUCUGUCAAACCAUCUCCGUAUACCAUUUCACUGUUGAUCUCAUUUUAAUGGGAGCUGUACUCAUUGGAGGGAAUGCAGUGCUUUGAAAAAAAUUUUGUACACACUAUUUCUUCAGAGGUUCAAUCUGUUGACAGUUUUUGGUUGCUGCUGGCAGUAACCUUGAACACAUGGACUGUUUAUCACAAGAACACACACAAUAUACUUGUUUUUUUACGUUUUCAAAUGGACAUAUUCCCUCCUGUCUCUCCUCACAGACGAGUGUCUUCUCACACAGACUCUGUCCGGGUCUCAAAGCUAUAAUAUCACAAUAAGAACAUACCUCACAGAUUUUUUCUUCUUUUUUUUGCGGUGUCUGUACAAAAUCCAUCCAACCUGUCUUUCAGAAAUUCCUAUAAAGUCACUGAGCCUUGGAUUUCAGAAAUGUGUUUAUAUCAGCUAGAUGGUCUGUUGUGUACCCGUGUCCUUAUCUUGUCUUUAUAUGCAACAUCACUACUACCUGUGUGACAGCAGAAUUUCUUUUUCCUUGCCUCAAUGAAUUUCUGUUGUUGAUUGACAGUAGCAAAUGAACCUACUGGAUAAAUCCUGCAGCCCUUGUCAUUAAAGCCCCGCAGGGAUUUUAGUCACCAAGGGAAAGACUCGGGCAGAGGCUUAAAAGGUUUAAUAAAAUGUAAAGGAAAUAUCUUUAGACUGUCACUUCACUGCAGAUUACAACUGAAAGAGCUCAGUCCAAAUCUAUUUGUUCAUAUCACUGAAUGUGGCUUGAUGACAGAUGAUAUCCACUUUGGGUUUAUUUUUUGCUGUGCUGCCUCGCUGAGAAAAAAAUAAUGAUGCGAUAAUUUCUCUUGUCACCACACUAAUUCAGAUAUGCACAUUGUACAGAUACGGAUGUUUUUUAAAUUGAUGCCUAAUUUUUACAUUAAUGUAAUUUUUAAAAAUCCUCUUAUCAAAGCUUUAGUUAAGGAGGAACUGUGGAACUAAAUUGCUGCAACAAGCUGUUUUGAUAUUUAUAUUCUCAGGUGUCUUCAAUUUUGAGCAUUGGAGUUUCAAUAUUUCCUGUUCAACACCUAAGUACAAGCAUGUUUUUUUCUUUUGUUAUGCUGAUUAAUUUAUUCCAAAAAAUGUAUCAUUUGUGUGGUUUAAUUAUUCUUUUCAUAACUCAUUUUGUGAUAUGGAACAGUACUAAUAUUAAAUGGUUCCAUUGUUUGCUUGA